AUGUCCGCCACGCUGCACCGCAACCCCCCUUUCAGGGCUGAGCACCUGGGCUCGCUGCUCCGAACGGAAGCCCUCCUCAAGAAGCGCGCAGAGGUCAAUGCAGGAAAGGCGCCCAAGUCGGAGCUCACGGCUAUCGAGGACCAGGAUAUCAAGGACGUUGUGAAGCUCCAGAAGGAGCUUGGUUACUCUGCCAUAACAGAUGGAGAGUACCGGAGGCACAUGUUCUGGGGUUCCUUCUUCCCUGGACUGGAGGGCUUCACCCAGAUCGACAAGCCGGACCCAGGAAUGUUCCGUCCGUACAUGCCUGAUGUGGCUGCCUUCAUGGAGUCUAAGAUGGAACCCGGCGAGACCGUGGUGUGCACGGGUAAGAUCAAGCACGUUGGCAGCACCUACGUGGACCAGUUCAAGUACCUGGCCAGCCUUGUUCCUCCGGAGGAGGUCAAGAACAUCAAGAUCACGCUGGCAGCGCCGAACUGGUACCACAUGCGGUACAAGGAGGGCGUGGCGUACCCCAAGGAAGUGUACAGCUCCGACGAAGAGUACUUCGGCGACAUUGCCAAGGCGUACCAGGAGGAACUGCGGAUCCUGUACGAGGCUGGCUGCCGGAACGUGCAGUACGAUGACCCGAACUUGGCUUACUUCUGCUCCGAGAAGAUGAUUGAAGGGUGGUUUGCCGAUCCCCUCAACAAGGGCACCCCGGAAGACCUGCUCGACAAGUACAUCAAGCUGUACAACGACUGUCUGGCGAACCGGCCGGCAGACCUGCACGUGGGCGUGCACCUCUGCCGUGGAAACUUCGUCAACAGCCGUCACUUCUCGGAGGGCGGUUACGACCGCAUUGCGACGAAGCUGUUCAAGAGCCUCAACGUGGACACGUACUACCUUGAGUACGACACCCCGCGUGCGGGAGGCUUCGAGCCUCUGAAGGAGCUGCCCAAGCACAAGAACGUCAUCCUGGGCGUCGUGACCAGCAAGUUCGGCACGCUGGAGGACAAGGAGGAGAUGAAGAAGCGCGUCCUCUCUGCCGCCGAGUUCAUCGCCGCCGGCAACAACGAGACUGCCCAGGAGGCCUUGGCUCGAUGUGGUGUCAGCCCGCAGUGCGGGUUCGCCAGCCACCACGAGGGCAACGCGAUCAACCGGGAAGACAUGAUCAAGAAGCUGAAGCUGGUGCGCGAGAUUGCCAACGACCUCUGGCCUGGUGAGCCAUAA